AUGUGGCCCAGUGCCGAGAAACAAAGUUUGUCUCAUCACGACGAGUUCCAGAUCGAGAAGCUUCCUUCGAAACCACGCUACCAGUUUGUGGUUUACACGGGGGACCAGAAGGAGGAGGCCAGUGUGGAGAGCUCGCCUGGAAAUGUGUCGUUUCAACCUCCCGUCACUGCCGGUUCCAUAGCAGAAACGGCUUUCGAGGAGAUACUACCGAUCGACGAGCAGCUUUUUCCACUAAGUCCUGCUAGCGGGCUUCUGGGCUGGGGCGGCUCGUUUGGACCCAUGGAGAGCCCGUUUCUUUUCCAGGCUUUCGUCGACGGUUUUCUCAAAUCCGUAUCUCCCCAAGCAUGUCAUCCUAGGCUUCUGCCUCUGGCCAAUUUCGUGCCUUAUGCUCUGCAGAGCCCGAUCAUGAUGGACGUCUUCAACGCAUGCGGAGCGUCAUUUUUGAGCAGCAGGGAUCCGUCCAUGAAGCACGAGGCGAAAAAACGGUACUCGCUUUGCCUCACAAACUUUGCCAAUUCCUUGAGCAGGCCUCGGGACGGGGUGGAGGAGUGGAUGGUUGCGGCGGUGAUUCUUCUUUGUCUCAGGGACAAGUUCAGUGGAACCCUGGCGAUAGUGCCUGCUUCACAUUUGGCAAAAGCUCUUGAAAUGAUCCGCCAGCUCCGGCAAAGCGGCAAACUGAGUGUCGUUUCGCUCAAGUUCUUGAUCGAGACCUUCUUGUUCAACUACACCGUCAUGCUUUUGACCGGGACCCAGGAGGUGGUUCUGCGGCUACCGUCGCCUUUUCAGGUCUACGACGAAUGGCGCCCGAUUCUUGAUUACUCGCCGUUUCGGACUGCUCUUCCAUUCAUGAAGUACCCCAUUUUCGGCGCUGCAAGGCACUUUUACGAAAUCGCAGCCAAAGUGUCCUGGUACUUCUCGCAUCUUCCUCUUUCGCCUGAAGACAAAGGGGUUGUUUGUGGGCUUCUAAGCCAGACCUACACCACACCGCUUCCUACAAUUACCCCAGAAGCAGAACAGGAGCUUCUCCCCCACGAGUUGAUCCAUGUUCGGGAGAGCAUCUACCUAGCAGACAUGCUACAGAACUGCUGCCUCCUUCUUUUGCAUAAGCUUUUGUUCCCGAUGCUUGAACGGGACGACCCGCUGGUCCAGGAAAUCGUCACCAAGAUCAUCCACAAACUCUGUGCUUUGUCUGGUGACUCGCCCAUUUGGAUUAUUUGCACCUGGCCAUUGUUGGUCUGUGGAAUAGCAACAUCGUCUGCAUCGCAGCAGCAUUACAUCUAUUCCCAGUGUCAGCGGUGUGCUUCCAGGUUCCAGAUGGAGUUUUUGGACCAGAUCUGCCGGUUUUUGGUGUCUGUGUGGGGAACAGAUACCGAGGCCGGUUUGGGCUGGAACUGUCUUCUUGAUCGGGACAUCAUUCUGAGAGUGUAUCUUUGA